UUCUAGUUUUUAUUUGUUUUUUGUUUUAUUCUCCGGCUUCAAACACACGGCGGAACAUGGCGGUGGCGAGUCUAAGAACGAAAUGGAUGGCGAUGACAGCGAGCAUAUGGAUCCAGUGCACAUUAGGAGGCUCUUACACCUUCGGAAUCUACUCAGCGAUCUUGAAAUCGUCUCAAUCAUACGACCAAUCAACUCUUGACACAGUCUCUGUCUUCAAAGACAUUGGUGGUAACGUUGGUGUUUUAUCUGGACUUUUGUACACUGCCACCACUUUUAAUCGACGUGGCCGUGACGGUAGGGAAGGUAGAGGAGGUCCUUGGGUGGUGAUCUUGAUCGGUUCGGUUUUGUCUUUCACCGGUUAUUUUCUUAUUUGGGCUUCUGUUACCGGUUUGAUUAGGAAACCGCCGGUUCCGGUUAUGUGUUUGUUUAUGUUGAUAGCUGCUCAGUCUUUAACGUUUCUUAAUACGGCGAAUGUUGUGAGCUCCCUUGAGAAUUUUGCUGAUUAUGGUGGCACUGCCGUUGGUAUUAUGAAGGGUUUUGUUGGUCUAAGUGGAGCAAUGUUAAUACAACUCUAUGAAACAAUAUGCCCUGGAGAUCCAAAGAGUUUCAUUCUUCUACUUGCAAUAGUACCUUCACUUCUCUCUGUAUUAGUGAUGCCACUAGUCAGGAUAUACGAGACUACCACGGUCGAUGAGAAGAAGCAUUUAGAUGGUUUAUCAACUUUGUCUCUUAUCAUCGCAGCUUACCUUACGAUAACUAUCACCGUGAAGAGCACUCUUAGUUUACCAUCAUGGGCCAACACCAUCACGCUUGCAAUUCUACUCAUUCUCCUCGCCUCGCCUCUACUAAUUGCGGUAAGAGCACGCCGAGACAAUAUCGAGAAGCCAUGUUAUUCUCCUCUUAUAGACAAUCUAGAAGCAACAACCUCUGGUGAGAGCUUGGUGGUGGUUGAAGAUAAAAGCUUAAAUCUGUUACAAGCCAUGCGUAAUGUAGACUUUUGGUUACUUUUUCUUGCUAUGGUAUGUGGGAUGGGAUCAGGAAUUUCGACUAUAAACAACAUUAGACAAAUAGGUGAGUCUCUUCGUUACUCUAGCGUUGAGAUAAACGCAUUGCUGUCUUUGUGGAACAUAUGGAACUUUAUUGGUCGGUUUGGAGCUGGUUAUGUUUCGGAUGCGUUACUACAUAGAAAAGGAUGGCCACGUCCGUUGCUAAUGGCUACAACUCUCGGAGCCAUGACCAUAGGGCAUCUAAUCAUAGCCUCUGGCUUUGAAGGAAACCUAUACCCCGGUUCGGUUAUCGUAGGGAUAUGUUAUGGCUCACAAUGGUCUUUAAUGCCGACGAUAACGUCAGAGUUGUUCGGGGUUAAGCAUAUGGGAACAAUCUAUAACACUAUUUCUAUAGCUAGUCCUAUGGGUUCGUAUAUCUUCUCAGUGAGAUUGAUUGGUUAUAUCUAUGAUAAGACCAUUAUUGGAGAAGGUAACACGUGUUAUGGUCCUCAUUGUUUUCGGUUGUCCUUUGUGAUUAUUGCAUCUGUGGCUUUCCUCGGGUUUCUUGUCUCAUGUGUGUUGGUGUUCCGGACAAAGAAACUGUAUCAACAUAUCUUUGAGAAGAGGUACUUGCAUCAUUGAUAAGAGUUGUGAAUAUCAUUUAUUCAAGUACAUAAUGUUGUACAGUGCUAUUUGUGUUUGUAUUACUUGUAAUGAUUGUUGAGUAUAUAUUGUGUAAAUAAAAGUACAUAUAUGUAUUUAUUUGUGAAGUUUUUUCUGUUUUUUUUCAUGUAGAAUUAUGUGUUAGUUAAAUGAAUGUAAGCCCUGAAUUAGUCCAUGAUGA